UGCCAGGCGAGCGCGCGGAGCUGCGGGGCCAUGGAGAAGGCGCGGCCGCUCUGGGCCAACCCGCUGCAGUUCGUGUUCGCCUGCAUCUCCUACGCUGUGGGCCUGGGUAACGUGUGGCGCUUCCCCUACCUGUGCCAGAUGUACGGCGGAGGCAGCUUCCUGGUCCCCUACAUCAUUAUGCUCUUUGUGGAAGGCAUGCCGCUCCUCUACCUGGAACUGGCCGUGGGGCAGCGCAUGCGGCAGGGCAGCAUCGGGGCCUGGAGGGCCAUCAGCCCCUACCUCAGUGGAGUCGGCGUUGCCAGCGUGGUGGUCUCUUUCUUCCUCUCCAUGUACUACAACGUCAUCAACGCCUGGGCCUUCUGGUACCUCUUCCACUCCUUCCAGGAUCCCCUGCCGUGGUCUGUCUGCCCGCUGAACGGUAACCACACGAGCUACGAUGAGGAAUGUGAGAAGGCCACCUCCACGCAGUACUUCUGGUACAGGAAGACCCUCAACAUCUCCCCGUCCAUCCAGGAGAACUCGGGGGUGCAGUGGGAGCCGGCGCUGUGCCUCAUCCUGGCCUGGCUCGUGGUGUAUCUGUGCAUCCUGAGGGGCACUGAGUCAACGGGCAAGGUGGUGUACUUCACUGCGUCGCUGCCGUAUUGCGUGUUAAUCAUCUACUUGGUGAGAGGUCUCACGCUCCACGGAGCCACCAACGGCCUGACGUACAUGUUCACUCCCAAGUUGGAGCAACUGGCCAACCCCAAGGCCUGGAUCAAUGCAGCCACACAGAUCUUCUUCUCCCUGGGCCUGGGCUUCGGCAGCCUGAUUGCCUUUGCCAGCUACAACGACCCCGCCAACAACUGCCAGAAGCACGCCAUCAUCGUGUCUCUCAUCAACAGCUCCACCUCCAUCUUCGCCAGCAUCGUUACCUUCUCCAUCUAUGGCUUCAAGGCCACCUUUAACUACGAGAACUGCUUAAACAAGGUGAUUCUGCUGCUGACCAAUUCUUUUGAACUUGAAGACGGCUAUUUGACAGCCAGCAACUUGGAGCAAAUGAAGACCUACCUGGCGUCCACUUACCCAAGCAAAUACAGUGAGGUGUUCCCCCAGAUUAAAAACUGCAGCUUGGAAUCAGAGCUAGACACAGCAGUCCAGGGGACUGGCCUGGCUUUCAUCGUCUACACCGAGGCCAUUAAAAACAUGGAGGUGUCCCAGUUGUGGUCGGUGCUGUACUUCUUCAUGCUGCUGAUGCUGGGCAUUGGGAGUAUGCUAGGGAACACAGCGGCCAUCCUCACCCCGCUGACCGACAGCAAGGUCGUCUCCAGAUAUCUGCCCAAGGAGGCCAUCUCAGGUCUGGUGUGUCUCCUCAGCUGCGCCGUUGGCAUGGUGUUCACCAUGGAUGCCGGCAGCUACUGGUUCGACAUAUUCAAUGACUACGCGGCCACCCUGUCCCUGCUGCUCAUCGUCCUGGUGGAGACCAUCUCCGUGUGUUACGUGUUCGGGCUGAGGAGAUUUGAAAGUGACCUGCGGUCCAUGACUGGCCGUGGCCUGAACUGGUACUGGAAGAUCAUGUGGGCCGGCGUGAGCCCGCUGCUAAUCAUCAGCCUUUUCAUCUUCUACCUGUGUGACUACAUCCUCACAGGAACGCUGCAAUACCAGGCCUGGGACGCCUCCCAGGGCCAGCUUGUGACCAAGGACUACCCGCCGUAUGCGCUGGCCUUCAUUGGGCUUCUCGUGGCUUCCUCCACCAUGUGCAUCCCCUUGGGGGCUCUGGGGACUUUUGCCAUGCGCUGCCUCAAGCGUGGAGACACAGCCCCUGAGGCCUGA